UCAAAGCUAGCAGUUUAUCCAUUCAAACCCCAAGGCUCAUUAGCUCACGCACCUCGUCAACACAGGACUAUCUUCGCCCUCAUCAUCAUCAAUAAGGCGGGUGGCUUAGUUUACAACAAAAACUUCCACGACGGCCUGAACCAGAUCAGCACGAAUGACUACCUCGUCCUGGCCGGAACCUUUCACGGUGUCCACGCUAUCACUGCCCGUUUGAACCCGCUCAAGGGACUUCCACAGGCUACCAAAGACGCAUCUGCCGCAAACUCAAGACCGGACCCUCCGUCCGGACUAGAAAGUCUUGAGUCAGAGAAUUUUCGCAUGCAGUGCUUCAACACCCUCACAGGCACCAAAUUCCUACUCUUCACAGAUACAACUCAAACAAAUGGGGAUAUCACUAUGAAGAAGAUAUAUGACCUCUAUGCCGAUUACGUCAUGAAGAACCCCUUCUAUUCUUUAGAAAUGCCCAUCAGAUGCGAGAUCUUCGAUCGCAAGCUGUUGUCGUACAUUAGGGAGAUUAAUAAUCGG